ACUAUUGGAAAUUGGAAUCAACUCUUUCCCUUUCCAUUCAGAGCAAUAAAAAACACAUUUUUCAUAUUCAAACUUACCCCAAUCUUGAAAGAAGAAGAAAAAUCAUGUUUUGGUUGAGACCCAUUUUGCGUUCACAAUCAAGAUCUUCAAUUUGGGUGUUACAGCAUUGUAAUUCCUUUUCAACUUCAUCAGCAGCUGCAAUUCAAGCUGAGAAAACCAUACAAAAUGGCCCUAGAAACGAUUGGACCAAAGAUGAAGUCAAAUCCAUCUAUGAUUCUCCCAUUCUUGAUCUUCUCUUCCACGGGGCUCAGGUUCAUAGACAUGCUCAUAACUUUAGGGAAGUGCAACAGUGUACUCUUCUCUCUGUGAAAACUGGGGGGUGUAGUGAGGAUUGUUCUUAUUGCCCUCAAUCCUCUAGAUAUGAUACAGGUCUUAAAGGUCAAAAGCUUUUGAACAAGGAUGCUGUUCUUCAGGCCGCAGUCAAGGCUAAAGAGGCUGGGAGUACUCGCUUUUGUAUGGGCGCUGCAUGGAGGGAUACAAUAGGAAGAAAGACCAACUUCAACCAGAUACUUGAAUAUGUCAAAGAAAUAAAGGGUAUGGGGAUGGAGGUGUGUUGCACCCUUGGCAUGCUGGAUAAAGAUCAGGCUGGUGAGCUCAAGAAGGCAGGUCUUACUGCAUACAAUCACAAUCUUGACACUUCAAGGGAAUACUAUCCAAACAUCAUCACAACAAGGACUUAUGAUGAGCGCCUAAAAACUCUCGAGUUUGUUCGUGACGCAGGGAUUAAUGUUUGUAGUGGUGGAAUUAUCGGGCUUGGAGAAGCAGAGGACGACCGUGUAGGUUUGUUACAUACAUUAUCAACACUUCCUACACAUCCAGAGAGUGUUCCUAUUAAUGCACUUAUUGCUGUAAAGGGAACCCCUCUUCAGGAUCAGAAGCCUGUUGAAAUAUGGGAGAUGAUCCGCAUGAUUGCAACGGCACGUAUCACAAUGCCUAAAGCAAUGGUUAGGUUAUCUGCCGGCAGAGUUCGGUUCUCCGUGCCUGAGCAGGCAUUGUGCUUUCUAGCUGGUGCCAAUUCUAUCUUUGCCGGUGAAAAGCUUCUUACUACUGCUAACAACGAUUUUGAUGCUGAUCAACUCAUGUUUAAAGUUCUUGGUUUGCUUCCAAAAGCUCCAAGCUUGGAUGAUGAUGAAACUAAUGAGGCAGAGAACUAUAAAGAAGCUGCUUCUUCUAGUUGAGUUGGUACCAUUUCUGUUAACAUAUGUAGUCCUUCAACUACUCUCUUCUCCCUUUAUAGGCUCCCCUGAUAACUUCAGAUACAUUGUAUGUUAGGUAUCAGUUAGUUUGCCUAUUUUUCAGCUUUGAAGACAAACUCGAAUAAAACAUAUGUAUGUUAAAAAUAUUUAUUUUUCAAUGACGUAGUUUUUACUUGCCUAAAA